AGCAACUUCCCCCCCUCCUCCCUGGCGGCCGAGCGCUCAGCACCGAGGAAGCUACACGUGUCCCGGAUGUACAAGGAAUCUAGCUACUGGGAUGCCCGGUACCGGGAGGAGCGGGCUCUGCCAAACGGCUAUGAUUGGUUUGGGCGAUACCGGGAAUUUAGGGAACUUUUCAUAAGGGAGCUGCAGCCCGGGGCCCGAGGGCUAGUACUCGGGUGUGGCACAAGUUCUCUUAGCAUGGAUCUUUAUGAGGAGGGUAUAUGUCCACUUGUAAGCAUUGAUUACUCUCCCAUAUGCAUUAAGGAGAUGGCAGAGAAGCAUGCUGGGUGCCAUGGAAUGAGUUGGCUUGUUAUGGAUGCUCGGAAGCUUCAGUUUGCUGAUGGGAGCUUUGACUUUGUCAUUGAAAAGGGGACUCUGGAUGCCAUGAUGGUGGGGGAGAGAGACCCCUGGAGAGUUACAUCUGAGGCGAUUGCCCUGAUUGAUGAAGUAUUAAGUGAGGUUAGCAGAGUGCUCUCCCCAAAUGGAUGCUUCAUCUCUGUGACCUUUUCCCCCCCUCAUUUUCGGACACGUCACUAUGCUCAGCCAUCCUAUAGCUGGUCUGUAUCGUGUAACACCUACGGCAGUGACUUUCAUUAUUUCCUAUACACCAUGCGCAAAGGGGAGAAACUAACAGCUCAGGACUUAGAGCGGGGUCAGAGUCUGCAUAACCCAUAUAUUUCACCAGUGCACCUUCCGACACUUUCUGAGAAAGAUGAUGAGGACUUCUUAAGAAAUAUCCAGAUCUGACCAUCGCUGCUCUGAUAUCUAUUUUUUUAAAUGCACUGCAUAAAAAAAAAGCUUAAAUGCUUGCUGUCAGUAGACUGUAAAUCCUAUGAGGUGGCUGUCAAGAUUCUUGCUGCAGAAUUCAAAGCAAUGGGGUGGAAUUGAAAUAAGUGAAAUUGUGAUUAUUUUCUUAUUGUGAAACUUACUUAAGUAUUUUUACUGGCCAUAUUAAAUACAAUCUACUUGUUCCUUAAAAAAAAUGUGUGUAUAUAUUUAUAUUUAUAUAUAUAUAUAUAUAUAUAUAUAUAUAUAUGAGGGUCAGCAUAUAACAUUAUUUCUUUACAUAUGUAGAUUUUCUUCUGUCCUUUUCUCUGGAAUAUGCAAUAUGGAAUUUUCUAUUCAUGUACUAUGAAUAUGGAUAUGCACUAAAGGAAUAUGAGGUGCACAGAAGACUGCCCCCAUGCUCACAAACAUGGGGGAAGAUGCUGAAUUUGGCCUGAUAUAUAUUUUUUUAAUAUGCAAAAUGUAUUUCAGUGCACUAGGUUGCUACAUUAGUAGUAUCAGAGACACUUCUAGAUAAUGGCCUCGGGGACCGUACUUCAUAAAAAGGCAACUAUACUGCAAUAAAUGUCACCAAGUGAAAUACAUGUUAUUGUACAUGACCCUGUAUUCAGCUGAUUAGGUAACCUUAUAUGAACUUA